ACACAAGGACACAUAAUAAUUACAUAAUAUUUUAUAAUAACCUUAAUAAUAUAAGGAGAAGAAUAUGCGAUCAAUUUAUGACAACACUAAGGAAGGAUUUCAAAGCAAAGCCUGAAGUUGAAGGGAGCCUGUAGCCUCACCAUCACAGUACUGACCUAUACAAUUUCAGUAUUUCGUACAGCAUCACAACAGGAAGUCUGAGAAGGAAAUAAAACCAUUGUGAGGCCAUUUUCUCUUCAGUUACUGUGGCUGAUGUUCUCUGAAAUGUAUCAUGAAAAGGAACAGAAAACCAGUUUGAGCCACAAAAUAGACAACCACAACUUAAAAAUGUUGAACUAAAAAUCCCUCAGUACACACACUUCCAUACUAAAUUUUUCACUCAAACACACUCGCAUGCACACACACACACACAUAUGUGCAUACACACUCAUAAUUGAACAUGUAGGGGUUACAGGUUCCAUUCCCAAAUUAUUUACUGGUAUGGUUUAAAAAUAAAUAUUCACAAAUAUUUUUGAUUAAAUAAGCCACAUGAGAUACAGUAUAAAGGCAUAUUUUUUCUUCAUUUGGCUCUGCACUCCACAAUUUUUAGAUUUGUAAUAAAACAUUUCAUAUGUGGUUAAAGUAAAAAUUCUCAGCUUUUAUUUUAGAGUAUUUUUAUACUCUUUGGUUUCACCAUGUCGAAAUUACAGAAAUGUUUACACAUACCCCCCAUUUCAGGCUGACAUAACGUUUGGGGCAUAUGAAUGAAAAUGAAAGUAGUCAUGUUUAGUACUUUGUCGCAUAUCGUUGCAUGCAAUGACUGAGUCCGUGACCCCUAGACGUCACCAGGUGCUGAUUAUAUUUUCUGAUGAUGCUCUGCCAGGCCUCUGCAGCCAUCUUUAUCUCCGACUUGUUUCAGGGGCUAGCUGCCUGAACUUUUCUCUUCAGCAGAAGAGACGCAUGUUCAAUUGAAUUCAGUUUGGGUGAAUCACUUGGCCAGUCAAUAAUUUUCCAGGUUUUGGUUUUGAAAAACUCCUUGUUACUUUUGCAGUAUGUUUGGGAUCAUUGUCUUACGGUAGGAUGACGUGCAGACCAACGAGUUUGGAAGCAAAUGGUUGAAAGUGAGCAGAUAAGAUGUUAGCAAUUUCAUCAUAAAUUAAGAGAAGUGAGCCGGUACAUGUAGCAGCCAUAAAUGCCGAAACCAUAACACCCCCACCACUAUGUUUCAGAGGUAAGGGGGGGGUUGCUUUGGAGCUUGGGCAUUUCCUUUUGGCCACCACACUUUGCUCUUGCCAUCACUUUGAUAAAAGUAAAUUUUGUCUCAUUUGUCCACAGGACCUUUUUCCAGAACUCUGCAGGCUUUUUUACGUACUUCUUAACCAUCUGUAACCUGGCCGUCCUGUAUUUUCAGCUAACUAGUGUAUCUUGCAGUGUAGCCUCUGUAGUUCUAAUCAUCAAGUCUUCUGCAGACACAUCCAGACUCCUGAAGAGUGUUUCUGAUCUGUCAAACAGGUGUUGAAGAGUUUUUGUUUGUCAUGGUGACAAUUCUUCAGUCAUAGGUCUUUUGCGAUGACUGAGUUCACCAGUGCUCUCUUUCUUCUUGAUGUUCCAAACAGUUGAUUUUGGUAGGUCGAAGGUAUGGCCUAUGUCUCAGACUGUUUCUGUUUCUUAUCACUCAGCCUCACAAUGGCACAAUAACAGACUUCAAAGGUAAUCGAAAGCCUAGAGAAUCAAGAACUGAAAUCUCUCUUAUACAUGCGCUGAGGAGGCAAAUAAACACACCUGACUAAUCAGAAACACCCAUGAAGCCGUUUGUCCAAAACAUUGCGGUAAAUGGGGGGGACUAUGUAUAAAAAGUGUUGUAAUUUCUACAUGACAAAACCAAAAUGUAUACAAAUACACUUUAAUAAAAGCUGAGGAUCUGCACUUUAACAUCUGGACAUGUGAGUUGUUUAUUACAAAUCUAAAAUACAGAGUGAAAUUAAGAAAAAAUAUGCCUUUGUCCCAAACAUUUUGGAACUCACAUAGAAAGUCAAAGCUGUGCCAUGCGCUGUUCAGUAUUAAGGUGCUGAAAUGUCUGGAACAAGUUAUUUGUCCUAUAGGCCUAUUGUAUAUACUCAGUAGUACACUGUAUUUUGCAACAAAGGGAGCGUUUAUUAUAUUGCCGCAAGAGCAACAUCGUCCCAUUAACCAAUUACUAUUAAAGGCAACUCUCUCCUAUAUGUCCAAUCAAACUGAAGGUCACCGAGGCUGGAGGCUCUGAUCACAUCCUCCGGAGAGCUCCCAGAAAUAUAAACCUUUGGUUACUUAGAGACGGUGCGCAGCGAAAACGACCCGUGUAAUUUUAUACAGAGAGGACAUUUUAGAACCCUAACAAGGCGUUGGGCACCUUUAACUAAUUCGCGAGAACUGCUAUUCAAAGAACCCAAUGUAUUUCCUAAGGAAUUGUUUUCCUCAAUAUGUGAGAAGACAGUUAACCUAGUCUAUUCAUGGAACUGUUGUGAUCACCAGGAGGCAAAGUGAGCGAGAUGCUUCAACACAAGGACUAUUAAUGAAACGUUUCCCGUCAGUUCGGCUUGAACACCAGAUGAACCAACAUGCCGAGUCGCCAAAAGAAAAUAAUAUUUUGUUUAGCUGGUCUUUUAAGUUUUGCCUGUGUCCUGGUUGUCGCAGCUGCCAUGGGAACACAAUUUUGGGUGAAGGGAACCGUUCUAUGUAAAACCGGUGCUCAACUGGUCAACGCCACUGGACCCGAACUGGACAAAUUCGUUGGCAAGAUAAGCUACGGUCUUUUCCACGGACAGAGAGUGAAGCAAUGUGGGCUUGGUGGGAGACCCUUCCGGUUCUCCUUUUUCCCCGACCUGUUGGACGUGAUCCCUGCGAGUCUCCACAUCAGCGUGAUCCUCUUCUGCUCUGUGCUCAUCGUCUUCUCCUCCGUGGCGUCGGCGUUCUUCAUGUACAACGCUUUCGGCAGUCCUUACGAAACACUGCACGGCCCCCUGGGCCUGUACCUGUGGAGCUUCAUCAGCUGUUUCUGCAGCUGCCUCGUGAUGAUCCUCUUUGCCUCCGAGGUGAGGCUCCACCGAUUGUCAGAAAAGAUCGCCAACUACAACGAGGGCAGCUUUGUGUACAAGACCUACACGGAGCGGUUUGACCGCUCCUUCUGGAUGAUCUUUUUCACCUUCCUCGCGCAUACCCUCGACAUCCUCCUUGUCCGCAUGGCUGGAGUCCAGUUUCCCUUCCAGGAGGCCAAAGAGACGGACAUGAACACGGGGGCCGUGGAUCUCAUGUACUGAUGGCCCGUUGUUUCGGGGGCCCCUGACUUGGUGGUACUGUGACACCGGGCUUCUGCUGUUACCUGUGCUCAAUAGGCGUCUUACAGCAUCAGUUUUUCCGGUCCGUUCACUCGAUGAAGGACAAGGCAAAUCCGACCCUCUUAAGCCACUAAUUUCCCUUUCACACAGACUGUCUGUCCUUCACAUGACAACUAGAGACAGUUUCCAGGCAGGUGAUGUAUGAAAACUGUCUUAAAUCAUUAUGCGGCGGGCGGGGGGGGGGGGGGGAUCUACAUUUUCCAUUGCAAUUGAGAGCUAGUAAUUACAGCACAGUUUGUCAUUGCAGAAGACCAGCUCAGAUUAAUUAUCACUCUUUUUAGAUUAUGCUUAUCCUGUGACAGUAUUCCUUCCAAGUUUGCUUAUCACUAGACAUUUGAAUAGAUAGAAACCACAAAAGACUGAACUCUAAAUGUGACGUGUCCUGUUUCGAGAUUGUUGUUCCGAAGGCGAGCAUUUCCUGCGAUGCACAGUAAAUCAAACAUAUAUUACCGAUUUGUAUGCAGCAUUUGUGCAGUGGAAAUAAGGAAGAUUGUAUUGUUGUUAUUCAUCUAAAUCUCUCUUUCUGCCGUCAUUAUAUUACAGAUGUAAGGCAGUGUAUCAGGAGUUUCAUUUGUUCACAAACCUGUACAAAAUGUGCCAAUAGUUAUAAUGUUUGGGAUUUGUAGUCAAUCGUUGACUUUUAUACCAUUUCCUGAGCAAAAGAGAUUGGCUGAUUCUCAUUUUUAUAGUUGUGUUGUAUGAAAUGGUUGUUCAUAUUUUCUAUGAAAGCUGUAAGUGCUGCAGUUUCUCCUUUGCGACACAGGAGAACAUUUAUGAACUGUAGUCAGACUCAGACUCAGACUCAUGCAAAAUGAAUUAAAUAUGGUGAACUGACUUCCUCUUUCUGUCGUGUUCAUGUUCUAACUGACAAUCAAAUCAAAUUAAGAUAUAAGAUAAGAUAAAAAUGUCAAGCGCGUGGUCAUAUGUUUUUAAUUGU